AUAAAUGUAGCGCGGCGGCGCCGGCGGGCAGCUCGCUCCGAGGGGGGCUGCGCGGCGGGGCGGCCAUGCAGUUCCCGCACCCGGGGCCCGCGGCCGCGCCCGCCGUGGGGGUGCCGCUGUACGCGCCCACGCCGCUGCUGCAGCCCGCUCACCCGACGCCCUUCUACAUCGACGACAUCCUGGGGCGCGGGCCCGCCGCGCCCACCCCCGCGCCCACGCUGCCGUCCCCCAACUCCUCCUUCACCAGCCUCGUGUCCUCCUACCGGACCCCGGUGUACGAGCCCACGCCGGUGCACCCCGCCUUCUCGCAUCACCCCGCCGCCGCGCUGGCCGCCGCCUACGGCCCCGGUGGCUUCGGAGGCCCCCUGUACCCCUUCCCGCGGACGGUGAACGACUACACGCACGCCCUGCUCCGCCACGACCCUCUGGGCAAGCCCCUGCUCUGGAACCCCUUCCUACAGCGGCCUCUGCACAAAAGGAAAGGCGGUCAAGUGAGGUUCUCCAACGACCAGACCAUCGAGCUGGAGAAGAAGUUCGAGACUCAGAAAUACCUCUCCCCACCGGAGAGGAAGCGUCUGGCCAAGAUGUUGCAGCUUAGCGAGAGACAGGUUAAAACCUGGUUUCAGAAUCGACGAGCUAAAUGGAGAAGACUGAAACAGGAGAACCCUCAAAGCAAUAAAAAGGACGAGUUGGACAAUUUGGACACUUCCUGUGACCAGGGCCAAGACUUGCCCAGUGAACAGAAAAAAGGUGCUUCUUUGGAUAGUUCUCAGUGUUCACCCUCCCCAGCCUCCCAGGAAGACCCCGACUCUGAGAUUUCAGAGGAUUCUGACCAGGAAGUGGACAUUGAGGGUGACAAAGGCUACUUCAAUGCUGGAUGAUGGUCCCUGGCACGCUCAGGGACUGGACUUUCCAAUAAUGUUUUGCUACAGACAAACUGGAAAAUUCUAAGCGAGAAAGAGAGAAAUCGUUCUUCUAGUGUUCUGAAACUCCUUGGAGCACUGGCUGAUUAGCAAACAUGCCUUGAAACCUUACUUUUGAUUUAACAUGAUGUAUAUACCUGUUUUGAAGUGACUAAAUGUAUCCUCAUUUUUAAAAAGUGAAUUAUUUCUAUUUAUGAGAAGUAAUUUGAAUUUUUGUUUAAAGCUUAAAUUAUAACUUUAAAGGUUUUAAUAGGCCAUCCUUGAAUGACUUUUCUUAAAUCUGUAGCUAUUCCCUGGACUUCAGAGGUGUACAUAGAAAGGGCCCCUGCAUUUGAGGCUCCUUGGAACAUUUUAGAAGAGCACACUUGGUUUUUACGUGACAUCUUAAAUUGCUGCCUUAACUCCAAAGCCGUUUCAGAGUACUUGGCUCCUGGGGUUUGUUCUUGUAAGCAAGAUAGUUGAUAAGAUUCUUAAAAUCCUGUUUUGCUUUAUGGUUGUCUCUGACCCCGGUCCCCACAAGCAGGGAAAUCGACUCAUUUGACCAAUCCCAUGUGAAUUAGAAACAUCAGGACAAUUAAAUGUAAGUGGAUUGGAGAUUGUAUGUUUUGUAGAAAUGAUGUCUAUAGCCUGUAUAUAGAAUUAGUCACUGUAAAAAUCCUGCCAAAAUGA